UCAGGAAAUAAACAGCGAAACCCAACUGGGAGAAGAAGCAAAAAGCAGAAGGAACUGAGACCUGGGCAAGCUUGUUGUCCCCCAUCAGAGCUUUGUCUCGUUUGGAUUGUCUUUUUUUUGGAUUUGUGGAUUGUGUUGCUGACUUGCAAGCUCUUUUUCUAGAAAGCAUCAUUAUUCUCCCAAUGGGGAACUAGAAGACUGUUUGGUUACCAUCUGUCUUUUUGCCACUUCCUUGUACAUCAUAGAAACCAAUGUCCUGGGUUCGAAUUUAGCCACCCUGGCUUCCCAAUUUGGCCCAGUUUGGUCUGCUGGCUUCCUGCCCUUGGAAAUCUAUGACAACAAGUGCAGCGUCUUCUAUGUAUCCCGAGGAGGAGGCCCUUCGUACCCCGUUCACCCCUCCGCCGGCUUUGGGGGAUGAGUUUUACCCCUUUGGGGGUGAACCCCAGCAGUCUUUCAUGGGGGAUAUGGCUUCUGUUGACGAGGACCCCGAAGCAGGGGAUUUGGGGUUGAUGCUGCAGAGGAAAGAGCAAGAUUUGCUCCUGGCGGCGGAGCUGGGAAAGAUGCUCCUAGAACGCAAUGAGGAGCUGGAGCGGCGCAAUGAGGAGCUGUCCAAGGAAUAUAUGGAGGCCAAAGAGCGUCUAGAACAAGAGAAGCAUGAACUCCGUCGGCACCUCGAGUCGGGUCGGGCCGAAUUUGAGACUCGCGUUGCAGAGCUGGAGGCAGACUUGGUGGCCGCCCGAGACCGAUUGGGUCAGCAGCGUUUGGAACAGCAGGACACCAGCCGGGAAAGCUCUCAGGCUGUCCUGGACCUUUCGGAGCAGAACCAGCGCCUGGUGGAGCAACUCAGUCAGCUUGCUCAUCACGAACAGCGGAUACAGGAAGAACUGACGCUAUUGCGUGGGGAGCAUCGGACUUUGGCACUUAGCAGCACCGAACACACUGCCCGGACGCAAAGCCUGCAUGCAGAGAAUCUUAUGUUACAAGAGCGGAAGCAAGAUCUGGAGAAACAGACCCAGCAUCUCCGGGAAGAGAACGAUUCGAUCCAGGCUUUGGUGGACACGCUCCAUGACAACCUCCUCCUUCUCCGCAAAGAGAGCCACGAGAAGGAACUAAGGCUACAGCAGGUAGAAGUGGAGGCGGAGGAGCUUCGGGUCUCCAAUCGUCGAUUGCAGCAUCAAGUCAAGGAGAUGAAAGAAGAGAUCCACCUCCACGAUUUGGACACUUCAGUCACUUCCAUCCAGUCCGAGAUUAAUAAUAGCUUGGAGGAUGCCCCCGGAGCACCUGGGCAAGCUUUUAAGCUGCUGACCAAUGGCACCGGGAAGCCUGGUCCUCCUUCCACGGCUCCUGCGUCACAUCGGAGAUCAGAGGAAGAAGAAGCUGAAUACAUGAAAAGGGUCUCAGCCUUGACUCAACAGGAACAAGAUAUAUUGAGGCAGAAAGAAACAGAGAUAAUGAAACUCCAGGAUCAGAUUACGUUGCAGUACGUGGAACUCUUCAAUUUAAAGUCUGAAAUAGAGAACCAGAGGCGUCUGUACCAAGAGAGCAACCGGGAUGAGGCUUUGAAAUUAGCCAUAGCAGAACGGGAUGAGGCUAUCAUAAAGAAAGGCGAGAUGGAGCUGGAAAUGGCCAAAGUCUCUCUGGAACGGGAUUCCUUGAGCCAGCAGUUGCUGCGGGUCAUACGGCAGAAGAUGGCACUUUCCCAGGAGCUGGAAGCUUGGCAAGAUGAUAUUCAGUACAUCAUUCACCAGCAGUUGCUCCAGAAGCAUCAGGAAGAGAAGGCUCACCCUGUCUCCAAUCCGCCAAAGACUCCUUCCAAAGAACAAGGCAAGAACCCUCCUUUAUUUCGCCGUGGCACCAGCACUUCCAGUGGCAACAGCUUCUUCUCCCUUUUCCGGAAAAGUUGAAGGUCCCAGGGGUGUGGGCAGGUUUCCACGAAAACAGGAAAGGUGGUGGAGGGAACAUAUGAAAUGCCAGUGCGUGUACAAAGCCAGAGUAAGGGCAACUGAAUGGUGAGGGAUGUAGUUGCUCAAGGUGAAGCUUUAUGGGGCUGAAACAUGUCAAAUGUAUGUGGCGCAACAAUGUGUUAGAGUGGGAAGAAGAACCAUUUUGUAGAUCCAGCUCAAUAUCAUAUAUCAAGCUUAGGCCAAUGUUACAGGUCAUUAAAUCUGAUCAGGGCUUCAACCCAGGCUGUUAGUGAACUAUCCAGAGUGCUGAACCCGGUUCUCUUUAGACUUCGGACUAAAAUCCAAAGCAGUGUCCACAUUCCUUGUAAUGUGGAAGCCACCACAGCAGAUAACCACUCACUGGAUAGGUUUGGUUGGAAAUCUACAAUUAAUGCAUGACUUCGGGUUGCUGUGAAUUUUCCGGGCUGGAUGACUAUGUUCCAGAAGCAUUCUCUCCUGAUAUUUUGCCCACAUCUAUGGCAGGCAUCCUCAGAGGUUGUGAAGUCUGUUGGAAACAAGGGUUUAUUUAUCUAUGGAAUAUCCUGGGUGGGAUUCCCCCAGGCAGGAAGCAGCCAGGCUUUGAAGCUGCAAGGUCAUUCAAUGCUAAUCAAGUUGGCCAAUGGUGACAUUCACACUUGCCUCAAACAGACAAGAUUUUUUUUCUCCCACCCUGGA